GGCGCUCGGCACCUACCGCUCGCUGACCGCGGGGACACUCUGCCCAGCGCCGUCUCUAUGGCGCCCCCGCGGGGGCCGCUGCCCUUCGCUCCCUGAGCCGGAGCCUGCUACAGGCCGGAAGCGCCGGGGACAUGGCCAAGUACCUGGCGCAGAUCAUCGUGGUGGGGGUGCAGGUGGUGGGCAGGGCCUUCGCUCGGGCGCUCAGGCAGGAAUUUGCAGCCAGCCGAGCAGCGGCCGAUGCGCGGGGACGUGCUGGACCCCAGUCUGCUGCAGCCACCAGCAUCUCAGGGAUCAGCCUGCAGGAGGCCCAGCAGAUCCUCAACAUCUCCAAGCUCAGCCCAGAGGAAAUUCAGAAGAACUACGAUCACUUAUUCAAGGUGAAUGAUAAGUCAGUGGGGGGAUCGUUUUACCUGCAGUCUAAGGUGGUGAGAGCCAAGGAGCGGCUGGAUGAAGAGCUUCGAAUCGAGACCCAGAGACAGAAUGAAAGAGAACAGGGGCAGAAGCCAAAGACGUAACUACUCCCCAUGCCCUCUUCUCAGCCCCUCUAAAUUAUAGCCAGCCAAUAAAUCUCCUCUCUGCA